UCAAAAGCUAGAGAUGACUUAGUCUCUAUCCUUUGAUUUGAGUUAAGAAAAUUUCGGGCAAUUUUAGUAUCUGAAAAAAAGAAUUUCGGUAAUAUGUUGAUUCUUUCAAUAUUUAAAGUUACAGUUGUCCUGAUAUCAAGCAAACUCCAGCUUGUUUCCCAUUUUAUAAGCUUGUGUUUGUUGAACCUCCUUAGUCCUAACUUCCCUUCCCUUGCUUAUAAGCAUCACCAAGUUCAUGCAAGUCGUAAUCUGUGAUAAAACCUCUCAUGGCAUUGAAACAGCUUUCCCUUCUUCUCAUGCUCCUAUCAUUCUUAGGAGUGGAUGCAAGAUUUUUUACUCUGCAAAAUAGAUGCAGGAACACAAUAUGGCCUGGGAUUCUAACAGCACCAGGAAGACCUCAACUCAUUGAUGAUGGGGUUCACCUAAGACCUGGCCAUGCGAUAAACAUCACUGCACCAGAAGGGUGGUCUGGCCGCUUCUGGGGGCGGCACGGAUGCACCUUUGACAGCUCUGGCAGCGGAAACUGCAUCACAGGAGACUGUGGGGGCAAGCUUAAAUGUGCUGGAACUGGAGGCACACCGCCAGCUUCACUGGCGGAGUUUACACUGGACAGCCCGGAGGGUGAUUUUUAUGAUGUUAGCCUUGUUGAUGGUUACAACAUGCCAGUGUCAAUCAUUCCCUCUAGGGGAUAUGGGCGGUGUAAGGCAGUGAAAUGUCGUUCAGAUUUGAAUCAAAACUGCCCCGGCGGAUUGGAGGUGAGAAACAAAGGUUACAUUGUUGGUUGUAAGAGUGCAUGUAUGGCUUUCAACAAGCCAGAAUAUUGUUGUACCAAAGACUUCAAUAGCCCUAAGAAGUGCCAACCAACAAGUUAUUCAAAGGUGUUCAAGGCUUCUUGUCCUCAGGCUUAUAGCUAUGCCUAUGAUGAUGCAACCAGCACUUUCACUUGCCAUGGAGCAGAUUACAUAAUUAGGUUUUGUUAGAGAAGGCAGGGUGAAUCUACAAAUAUUUUAUGCAAGUGUG